GGGCAGAGUACACUCUGUCGGGUCCUGCGAAACCUCAACUCCAGUAGUGAGAGGGGCAAACCGCGACGGGGAUGUCAGGAAGCCGACUACUGAGGAGGGCGCAGGUGUACACUGCACCGUGGUUAGGAGGCGCCAUGGGGAUGCGAGGCGCUGGGGGGGGACUGAGCACGACGCUGGCGGGAAAGGUCAGCGUAGUGGCGGUCAAGGGCGGUGGUGUAAGGGAACCGCGAGGAGGUAUGACCGUCUUGACGGCAUCGCAAACAUCAACGUCAACCCAAAAUAGCCGCGCGCUCCUCAACGGAAAGGACACUGCGAGGAGGGACAAAGCCCUGAGGGAGGUCCUGCUGAGGGACCUCGGGGGGCGACGCGCUAACGUGACCAGGGCGGCUGCUUGCCCGGGAAAGGGUGGAGAGGAUGAGCUGGAGGCGCUCAGCCAUAGGGAGAGUCGGGUCCUCCAGGUGGUGCUGGACGGCCUCGCCAAGGUCGAGGUCGUCGCUAUGGUCACCCUCUGGCGACAGCGGGGCACCAGCGUCCUGCUCACCAUACUCGAGCGCGCUGAAGCGACGCGAGAAGUGGCGGCCCUACUGCGCGAAACGGCGGGGGCGACCACGGAAAGGGGAACGACGCUUGGAAGUGUCGUGAGAGGAGGAGGAGACGUAGCCCGUGUUAUGGCACUAUAGCAUUGGUCGCCUAACUAGUGUCUUACAGA